CUGCAUGCAACAAUUAUAGCUCCACUCCCACAGAAACUAACGAUGUCAUUUCUGCUCUUGCUAGCCUUCCUCUCAUCACUACUUCUUCUUCUUUACACCAUCAUGACGAUCAGGAAGAUGAAGAAGAAGAAGUCACCAUCCUCGACGAUCCCAAAUUGGCCUCUCUUUGGAAUGCUUCCAUCCCUCCUAUGGAACCUCCCCCGCCUCCACGAAUUCGUCACUGAUAUCCUCAAACUCAACGGCGGCACCUUCGUCUUCAAAGGCCCUUCCUUCACCAACCUCAACUUCAUCUUGACAAGCGAUCCCAUCAACGUCCACCACAUCGUCACCAACAAUUUCUCCAACUACCCCAAGGGACCCGAGCUCAAGGCCAUCAUGGCGCCGUUUGGAGACGUCCUAUUCAACAGCGACGGAGACUCCUGGAAGACGAAGAAGGAGAUCGUCCUCUCCCUCAUCAAAACCGCCGGAUUCGAGAGGCUUCUCAUGACAACCCUUCGCUACAAACUGGCCGACAGCCUCAUCCCGGUACUCGACCACGCCGCCGCGAGAAAUCAUCAUGACGAUGUUGUUCUCGACUUGCAAGAUGUGAUGAAGCGGUUCAUGUUCGAUCUCACUUGUUUGCUCUUCCUGGGGAUCGACCCGGAGUGCUUGUCCACGAGUUUUCCUCGUGUUCCAUGUGCGGAGGCGUUUGAUGUGCUAGAAGAGGCCAUCGUUUACCGCCAUUGCGUCCCGAAGUGGGUUUGGAAGUUGCAAAGAUGGUUUCACGUCGGGUGGGAAGGGAGGACGAUCGAAGCUGAGGAAUGCCUCAACGGGUUUGUGGAGGAAAGGAUUAGAGUCAAGAUGGUGGAGAAACAAGGGAAGGAGAGUAGUGUUAAUGAUGAUGAUGAUGAUGAUGAUAAUUAUGACUUUUUGAUGAAGCUUAUAGUUGAGACAGAGCGGUUAACGGGGACUUGUUAUAGUAGCAAGUUUGUGAGGGACAUUGUGGUUAGCUCGAUGGUGGCUGGGAGAGACACCAUUGCUGUUGCUCUCAGUUGGUUCUUUUGGCUCGUGGCCACCAACCCAGGCGUGGAGGACAAGAUCUUGGAAGAAUUGGAUCGAGUAGUCAUUACUCAAACAGGUGAAAAAGAAGUGAUUUUUUCGAGCACAGAAGAGUUGAACAAAAUGGUGUAUCUGCACGGGGCCAUAAACGAGACUCUGAGGUUGUAUCCGUCGGUUCCAUAUGAGCCGAAGCAAUCCCUCAAAGACGACGUUCUUCCCAGCGGCCACAUCGUUGGCCGGAACGCUAGGGUUUUAGUGUCCAUUUACUCGAUGGGAAGGAUGGAAGAUGUAUGGGGUAAGGACUGGAUGGAGUUCAGACCCGAGAGGUGGGUUGCAGCAAGAUUCGAAGGGAACGAUAUCUGCAACAAUGAUAACAAGAAGAUCAAUAUUAUUCACGUGCCAUCCUACAAGUUUGCGGCAUUCAUGGCAGGGCCAAGGUCGUGCUCGGGGAGGAAGAUAGCGUACACACAAAUGAAAACCAUAAUAAGUUGUGUUCUGCGCAUGUAUAAGAUCGACGUGGUGGGUGAUCAUCCCGUUGUCCCGCUGCCUUCUAUUAUGAUGUUCAUGAGACAUGGUUUGAAGGUCAGGAUUUCAAGCAGGACACCAGUCAGUACUACUACCAAUGUUGUCAACUCGAUUUUGCCGGUUGACUCGGUCGAAUAAGUAAAUGAAAGAUUAGUUAUCGGAUUGGUUUAUCCGAUUUAGUUCGAGUAUGUAGCUAUUAUAUAGUUACUAUAAUUUCUCUUGUCAUUUAAUAUCUUGUCAUUUCUCUUUUAAAAAUUAUAAAGUGACUUUGAACAAACUCCAAAA